AGUUGGUUAAAAAUAAUCAAAAAGCUUAAUAAUAUGAAACGUAGUUACUCCACAUUGUACUAAAGUAAACUGUUGAAUAUUACAGAAAGCAUAAUGUUAAGCAAUAAGGAGUUUUUUGAAGGCACGCCAGAUGAAUAUUUGAGCCAUAAAGAGAAGUACGAGAAUGCUGUUAAGAAGUCUGUACAGAUUUUCGGUCUAGUUCGAAAACUUCAAGAGGAGGGCAAGAUGGUGUUGAAUAAUUACAGGGACCUCUUAGGGGGACUGCUCGGUGCAGCUGCAACUCGUGACGGAUCGCCUUUAGGGCUACAUUACAUCAUGUUCAUGCCAGCCAUUCUUAGCCAGGGCGAUGACGACCAGAAGGCCUAUUGGAUUAGCAGAGCAUGGAAUUGCAGUAUUAUUGGUAGUUAUGCUCAAACGGAGUUGGGUCACGGCACGUUCAUCCGUGGGCUGGAGACGACUGCCACUUACGACCCUUCUACCAAAGAGUUCGUGCUGCACAGCCCCACGCUCACCUCUUACAAGUGGUGGCCAGGCGGAUUGGGCCAUACAGCAAACUAUUGCAUUGUAAUCGCUCAACUGUACACAAAAGGCCAAUGCCACGGUAUUCACCACUUUAUAAUCCAAGUCAGAGAUGAUGAAACACACGAGCCCCUGCCAGGAAUUAAAGUCGGCGAGAUCGGAGCAAAGUUAGGUCUGAAUGCUGUCAAUAAUGGUUUUUUAGGAUUUGAUCAUGUAAGGAUACCAAGGAACCAGAUGUUGAUGAGACACGCUCAAGUUUUGGAGGACGGUACUUACGUAAAAUCUCAGCAUAAUAAGCUAAACUAUGGAGCUAUGGUAUUUGUGCGUGUGGUUAUAGUGUUCGAUAUGGUGAAUUACCUGUCUAAAGCUGUCACGAUUGCUACAAGAUACUCUGCUGUAAGAAGACAGGCCUCAAUUAAAGAAGGUAAACCAGAGUGCCAAAUUCUGGAUUACGUAACGCAGCAGCACAAACUGUUUAUCGGUAUCGCAGCUUGCCACGCGUUGAGGAUAACAGGAAUAAAACUGUGGGACACAUUCAACGAUAUCCAAGAGCAACUCAUCAGUGGAAACUUGGAAAGACUUCCGGAGCUACACGCUCUAGCCUGCUGCCUCAAAGCUGUAAGCACAUCAGAUACAGCAGCCAAUGUGGAACGGUGUAGACUCGCAUGUGGUGGCCACGGCUACAUGCAGUCCUCUCACCUGCCUCUUACUUAUGGCAUUGUCACUGCCGCUUGUACUUAUGAGGGAGACAACACUGUAUUACUGCUGCAGACGGCCAGAUUUUUAGUAAAAACGUGGCAACAUGUAGACUCUGCCAAACUAACACCGACUGUGGCAUAUUUAAAAACUGCUGCAUCAAAAUGUGGUGACAAUUGGGAGAAUUCUGUUGAGGGCAUCAUUAAGGGAUUCGAAAUUGUUGCGAUGAGGAAAAUCUCAUCUUGUGUGGCAAACAUGCAGAAUAGGGUAGCAAGCGGUAUGUGCUAUGAAGAUGCAUGGAAUAUUACAUCUGUGCAACUCGCGGCUGCGGCAGAGACCCAUUGUCGAGUGAUAAUAAUCUCAACGUUCUACGAGGAGGCAAGUAAAGCUGCGGCCUCGAUGUCGCCAGCACUUAGAACUGUCGUCACACAAUUGGUAGAGCUCUAUGCUGUCUAUUGGGCUCUGGAGAAACUUAAUGAUUUGCUUCGGUACACAGCAUUAACAAAGGCAAACGUGGAUACACUUCAGCUAUGGUAUGAGGAACUACUUACAAAACUUCGCCCAAACGCUGUCGGGUUGGUAGACGCUUUUGAUAUACCAGAUGAGAUACUGCGGUCAACUUUGGGGUCAUGGGAUGGACGAGUGUACGAGCGACUGAUGGAGGAAGCCCUAAAGAGCCCAUUAAACGCGCAGCCCGUCAACGACACUUUCCACAAGUACCUCAAGCCGUUCAUGCAGGGGAAACUAUAGAACAAUAACGGAACAUAACUACGUAGUACAUACAAUAUGCGUGAAAACACUCACUAGUUUGUGAUAAUUACAAAAGUAACUGCUGAAAUUUUUUGUAAAUUAAUUGCUUCCACUAUCUUAAGCUGGGUAUUGCAGAGUAUUUUAAUCAGAAUUUAUUGAUUACGGCGCGUUCGAAAUUAUCAAAAUAUUUAUUUGUUUUGUCAUAUGUAUGUUCUAUCCCAGUGCUUGGUUAAAGACGUCCCCUUCUUUUUCCAUUGAUUCCGGUUUCGGGCAACAUCAAGAUCUAUGAUAAUUAUCCAUGAUCAUUCAUAGUUCUGCCGAUUAAAUGUUUGAUCAAACAUUGAUAAACAAACAAACAGUGAUAAAACUAAAUAAUCAAACGACAAUAACAUUACCAAAUUCGAAAUUAUCAAGAUAUUUAUUUGUUUCGAUAAUUAUUAUUAAAAGCCUGUUCUAUCCUCUUUUUAUUAACUGCCUCCGUGGCCGAACGGUUAC